AGUGGCGAUUUUGAGACAAAUAAUGCAGAUCGUCGGGGUGGACGGUCGAUUUUUGGUGAGAAGUACUUCGAGGAUGAGAAUUUCGAGUUAGCGCAUGACAGCCGUGGUGUGCUGUCGAUGGACAACUAUGGAUGGCCUGAUACUGUCAGUUCACGAUUCUUGAUCACUUUCGACGAAACACCGUGGCUAGAUGGUUAUCAUGUUGCGUUUGGGAAAUUGCUUGACGGAUGGGAGACGCUCAAGAAAUUGGAAUCGUUCGGUACAAUCGAAGGAUACGGUGUACAGAAGGGCAGAACGACGGCUGAUGUUCGUAUCAGUGACUGUGGACAGUUGUGA